UUUCACGCAACUCCAAAGCACAUUCUUAUUAUUUCGACUGCACGCGUCAGGUCAGAACAUUUCGUGCACGGCUGGCACUGAGCGGCUCGCACAUUGUUCCGCGCUGAGUAAACAGACUCAAACGCCGGUGUUUUUUCGCUGGGGAGGUCGCCUCUCCCACACGAAGGCCUGAACAAACACUUUUUCACCAUUUUACAGUUUCCCCGGACGGGAGGAGAGUCCCGUUGGCCAGGCAGGUUAAUUCAGGUGUGUCCUGGCUUAACCAUUAAACUUGACUGCGGCUGACCAAACAUUCACUUGGGAGAAAAAUGUCGGGAAAGGUCAUUUUUCUGCUUUCUGUGGCGCUUUCGUCGGCUCAGCAGCUCUGCACACCAGGCGCUUCGGAUGGCUACAAAGUUCGGCUGAGCAUCCGAACGGCUCUGGGAGACAACGCGUAUGUCUGGAGCCAAAACGAAUUGUUCCUCUUUCGAGCCACGCUGGCUUUCGCCAUGAGGAAUCAUUUUGACGGCCAGGACUUCCAAGUGGCCAAUAUCAUUGUUUGUGACGAGACGCCGCGAGUGUCCUUUUGGUUCGUGGUCACGUGGCCGGACGACGCCACCCGCUUGGUGGAUGGAGGCGAGGUGGAGCAGGCAAUCAGGAAGUCUCGGAAGCGGAUCAACAGCGCCUUCCUGCUGAACGACUGGACUCUGGAGUUUGUGGGCAUCGCGCCCACUCUGGCGGCUUCCCAGCUUCCCGCCACGCCACCGUGGCUCAUUGCCUUCGGAGUGGUUAUGGGUGCCGUGGGGGCAGGAUUCAUCAUCCUCGUUGUCUCCGCGGCGGUGCAGAAGAGGCGAAAGAAGAAGGAAAACGUGGAGGACGUCGCCGAGGACGAGGAUAGUGACGUCGAGGCGCCGGCGCCCAAACCGCUGAAAAAUGGCAGCGUGCGACAUGAGCCAAGCGGCGUCUCCAACAUCGCCUUCUCCGACGACGAGCGAGUCACACAAAUGUAAUUUCGGGACGAAAAUAUCGACAUGAUGCCAUAUACAGUAUACAGUCAUCCCUCGCUCUAACGCGGUUCACUU